UUAGCGGUCAGAGCAUGAGGGGCUGCGUCUGGAGGGAAUGACAGAACUGUGUGAACAGAAGAACCUGCGGGGCUGGAGAGCAAACCCAGGGACCUUAUACUAGUUUCUCUGGAACAAGAUGGGAUACCACUCUGGAAGUUUCGUGUAGCCUUUAGGAAAAAUUUCAUCUUUUUCUUCUGUAAGCUGUCACCAUGACCCUGACAAAAGGUUCUUUCACCUACUCCAGUGGGGAGGAAUAUCGUGGAGAGUGGAAGGAGGGCCGCAGGCAUGGUUUUGGUCAACUGCUGUUUGCAGAUGGUGGGACCUAUCUGGGUCAUUUUGAGAAUGGACUCUUUAAUGGCUUUGGGGUACUGACCUUUUUAGAUGGUUCAAGGUAUGAGGGGGAGUUUGCCCAGGGCAAGUUUAAUGGCGUCGGAGUCUUCAUUCGGCAUGACAACAUGACCUUUGAGGGGGAAUUUAAAAAUGGCAGAGUAGAUGGUUUUGGCCUGCUGACUUUCCCUGAUGGUUCUCAUGGAAUACCCCGCAACGAAGGUCUAUUUGAGAACAAUAAGCUGCUGCGGCGGGAGAAGUGUUCUGCGGUAGUUCAGCGGGCCCAGAGUGCCUCCAAGUCCGCCAGAAAUCUCACUGCUUGAUGAGGCAGUGGGCACAGCUGGAAUAGUGUCAGUAAAGCCCAUGACCACCUGAGAUGAACAGAAUGAACCAGAUUUCAGAUGAGAUGAGGAUGACCACGGAGCCGAAGCCUGUGAUGUGCCCCAUCACCUGCCAAUCAGCAAUUUGAUCACAGAAAGUGCUAAGGAUUUUGGCCCAAAGACCCCUCAGUGGUUAGCAGUUCUGUCUUUUCUUGAUGCUUAUUUGCUGAAGACAGGAGCUGUGUUUUCUUACUUGUCGACAUUUCCUGUUCCUGAGACCUGGGGUUACCCAGUACAGAGUGGCUGCGGCCUUCACUCCAUUUACUGCCAAGUGAUUCAGAAUCUCCUCAUUCUGCCUAUGUUUGGGGCACAUGACCCUAGCCCCCAUAGGGCCAAUGCUGUGUGCUGCCCUGGCAAAAUGAGGUACAAGAUAGACAGUACAGUGACCCUGUGAAAGUCGGGCCAGAACUUCUCUGUACAUGAGCCCCUCAUUCAGUGCAGUUUGAAUCCUGACUCCAGGCUCCAACUUUGUCUGAUCAGACUAGUCUUUGUGUCUGCUUAUUUCCCCUGUGAAGGAUCUGGUAAGAGUGUUGUUUUCUUCUUUCUUGACUUUACAAGUCAUGUUCCUUACCUGAGUUAGGGCAUAUAAUCCAAUCUCCAUUUGUGUC